AUACUUUCAAAUACACUUUCUGUUUGACUUUUGGCUUUGACUUUGACAAUGGCAACCACCACCACCGGGAAGCUUGAUGUUGAAGUGAAGGUGAAAUCUGAUGCAAACAAGUUCUGGAAAAGCAUCAGAGACUCUGCCACCAUCUUCCCUAAAGUCUGCUCUGAUCUCUACAAAAAUGUUGAAAUUCUUGAAGGUGAUGGACAUAGCGUCGGCUCCGUUCGUGUCGUUAACUUUGCCGAAGGGUCGCCGGUUGUGAAAUCAGCUAAAGAGAAGAUUGAAGAAUUUGAUGAAGCAAAGAAGAAAGUUGCAUACAGUGUGAUUGGUGGGGAUAUGAUGCAAUACUACAAGACUUUCAAGGCUACUCUUGAAGUGAUUCCUGAAGGAGAAGGAAGCAUUGUGAAAUGGAUUUGUGAGUUUGAGAAAGCAAGUGAAGAGGUUCCUGAUCCUAACUUGAUCAGAGACUUGGCUGCCAAGAAUUUCCAGGAGAUCGAUGCUUAUCUCCUUGCAGCAUAAAGUACAAGUCCUUGAUGCUUGUUUUGGGUCGACUUUUAUAUGCUAUAAAUAAAAUGUACUACUUCCCUUUCUGUACCUAAAAGUAGACAUUGAAAUCAAUGGAAAGAGGGAGGAUCCGACGUUAUAAAUUCACUAUAAUCUAUGGGUUUAAAAUAUUUC